GCAGCCCUUCGCAACAGCUGUUGUGAAUCUGACGCAGAACAUAAGUUUUGGUUAAAAGUUAUUGUUGUUAAAACUGCAAGUCUUAAAUUACACCAAUUAAUAUAACUACCUAUGCCUAUUACUCACAAAAAUAGCUACACCGUAAUACAUUCACUGUUUUUUCGGCCAUGCUGGAACUCAAUGACUUCACAACUGUAUGCCCCGAUGAUUUGACCGCCGCUUUGGGUUUUCAAAUAUACAACGACUUAAAAAAUGAGGAACAAAGCGCCGAAUUUCAACCCAACUAUGAUUCCAACCUGAAAGUUUUUUAUUUGAUGAAAAACGAUAAAGUUUAUAUACCGGUUCUGCACACAAAGGCAAUCGACUUCAGAAUCAUAAAAUCUUUACACGAAAAGCUUAAAAAACGCAAUAUAUUUGUAGCCAUUGUGGACAAUACCGCCAAUAUUUUGUAUUAUCAUAUGAGCGAAGGUCUCAGCGAAAACCAGUCGACAAAAACAGCAGCUAAAUAAUAGCGAUAGAUACAUUUAUUUAAAAUCAUAUCAUAAAUAUAAUUACAGUCACAACUUGAAACUAAACAAUGUGACUGGAUGUGAACCAAUCCGACUUUCCAGAUUUAAACUUAAAUCGAUGAUUAUAGCCGCAAGUUGUGAGCAUAAUCAUAAUAAAAAUGACAAUAGAAGA